AUGGCCGCUUUGUCGCCGGCCUUCGCUUCGCCAGGGCCCUCAGUGACAGCUCGACCAGUGACAGUGUCGCCAGAAAGCGCAGGCCACUGGGCAGGCCGGCCAAAUGCAAGGCGACCAUGUGCCGGCCAGGCUGCUGGGGCUGCUGGGGCUGUGACUGCCGGGGCGCUUCUCGGAGCCUUGGCCGCUGGCACCAGGCACGUUGGCCGCUUCGGCCGAUCGAAGCGGGUCAAGACGGCGAAGUCGGCGAAGACGGUCAGAGCAGCCUCUGUUGUAGCGGAGGUUGGGACCCAAGCUGGGGAGAAGCCAGCCGAGGGUAAGAAGUUGAAAGUCAUAAUUGCUGGCGGCGGUGUUGGUGGCCUGACCUGCGCAGUUGCCAUGCUCAAGAAAGGCUGGGAUGUUCGAGUGUACGAAAAGACCGGCAAAUUUGCUCGGUUUGGCGGGCCGAUUCAAUUUGCCAGUAAUGCAACUUCCACGUUGAAAGCCAUCGACGAGCGCCUCUUUGAUCGGGUGAUGCAGAAGUUCACUUUCACAGCCACUCGCAGAUGUGGCAUCAAAGAUGGACUGCGCUCCAACGGGGACUUCCGCAUGACAGAUGUGCUGAAUCCGUCGUAUUUCGUUGACAAGGAUGUCCCGGCCGAUUGGUUCAUAUCCUUUCCCCUCAAAGAAUGUGCCGACGUCUUCAACUUGCCCUACACGGGGGUGAUCAACAGACCGGACUUGCAGGACAUUCUCCUGGAUGAGUGCAAGGACAUAAAGGAAGACUUCAUCGUCAACGGGGUUUCUGUGAAGAGUUACGACAAUCAUGACAACGGUGUCACCGUCCAUUUGUCCGAUGGAACGACAGAAGAAGCCGACAUUUUGGUUGGCGCUGAUGGAAUCUGGUCUGCUGUUCGAGCAGAAAUGUACAAGGAAGGCGCCAUCAAAGCACCGUCGAAGGACGGAAAAUCGAUCCAAGGCUGCCGGUAUUCCGGAUAUACAGUCUUUGCUGGCGAGACUGUGCUGGAGGUGCCGGACUACUACGAGUGCGGCUACAAGGUCUACAUAGGUCCGCAGAGGUACUUUGUCACUUCCGACGUUGGUGAAGGUCGCAUCCAAUGGUAUGCAUUCCUCGCUCUGCCCCCUGGGACGCGGAAGGCUGGUGACACCUGGUCUGGGGAGAGUGGAGAUGCCAAAGAGGGCGCCGACGUCAUUUCUUAUCUCAAGUCGCUGCAUGAAGGAUGGAGUGAGGAAGUCUUCUAUGUUCUGGACAAUACGCCCGCAGAAUCAGUGGAGCAGCGAGAUUUGUACGACCGCUGGCCGGAGUUCUUCCGCUCUUGGGCCGACGGCAAUGUCGUUUUAAUGGGUGACGCAGUACAUCCCAUGAUGCCGAACUUGGGCCAGGGCGGCUGCCAAGCGAUCGAGGAUGCAUAUGAGCUUGUGCGAAUUUUGGACGGUGCAAAGACUUAUUCGCAAGACUACGACCCGAAGGUGACGGCAGAUGCCCUGCAGCGUUUCUACCGCAACCGGAUGCCGCGCGUUGCGGGGAUCUCCUUGCUGUCAGGGCUUGCAUCUGACCUUAUCAUCAAUGCAUUUGGCACACCAUGGUCUCCACAUGACGAAAAAGGUACCGACUGGAGAUCCUAUUUGACUGUGGCCUGGAAGCCCUUGCUGCAGUUCGUGUUCUUCCCUCUCCAGUUCCUUUUCCUCUACUCCAACCACCCAUCCGGUGGCAUGGGUGAUUUGCCCAAGCAGUUGGUGGAUGACUGGGAGAAACGCCACAGAGAGGCCGCGGAGGAGCACCGGCAUCGCCCGAAGAUCUAUGGUACCAUGCAUACUAUGGUCAUCACCGAUGCAAUCUGCAUCUUCUGGACGAGCGGCCUUCGCAGCCAAAAGAGCCGGACAAACAUCAAGCAGUGGGCCUUCCUUCUUUGUCAAAGUGAACCAGGUUUCAAUAUUCCAACUCCAGAGCUGGCGGUCUUUGUCACAGCGCUUCAUGCAUUGCACGGAUACAUUGUCACGCUGCUGUCCAGGAUCCGAGAUCCAGUGCCUUGCAUGUUUAUCCCUGGGGUGAUGUUGGGCUACUUUGGCGGCAGAGUGGGCAGUGCCGUUGGAAAGCACGGCAAAGGCUGGCUGCAGCGUCAGUAUGAUGAGUUUGUGUCGCAGGCUGGUCCAGCAGCAGCAGGAUGGAGGUUUCUGGAGUCGAGCAUUGUCGCUGCUGGAGACCGCGUGUUUGCCCAAGACGACGGCCAGAAAUUGCGCUGUUUCUUCUUGAUGGAAGCAGGCUGGGCCACGCGACUGACAGGGAGGGCAGGUAAGUACGGGGUCGAUCUUCUUUUGCUCAAGCUUGGAAGGAUCGCCUCAUCUCGUGCUGCUGCCACAUCCGUGAGCUCAUACCAGCAACCUGUGCUGUUUCAGCAAGAGGCAAACAGGAACAGCGUGCUGCCUGAGACUGAGCUGAGGCUACCGCCAGUUGCGAGCAACGUCCUGCGAUUCCUUGGCUCCAUCCUGGGCGGCUUUGCGUCCUCGGAUGCGACACACGUGAACACACUCAAGGCUAGCCACAACAAGCACACCAUGAACCAGUUGAACCAGUGCCCAUGUUGGCACGUGCAGUGCGUGCCGUUUGGUUGCUGCGUGGCAGACUUUCUGUUGGAGUUUGGGCGCAAGCGCGCUUGCAACGGCAGAGAUGUGAUUGUUGUGUCCAACUCCUCGGAAGUGGUGGAGAGCUGCCAGACUGUACCAAACCUGCGCCAGCUGAGUUACAUGUUUGUUGAUGGUGAGCUGGUGAUGCCUGGCCUUCGAAGCUGCACAAGCAGCACAAGCAGCCGCACAAGCAGCACGCAGGAGCUACGAAGAGGCGCACAUCAACUCGCAGAUCGAACAGGCCGCAAACGCAGCCGCUCACCGCGACGAGUGGACGCGAGUGGUCGUGCCGCUGGCGAUGUGGCUGAGACCAGUGACACCUUGCGCGACUCUCAACUGGACGGCGAGCUCCUGGAGGAGCAGCUGGGAGAACUUGGAGACACACAGAUCGAUGGUUUGCAGGGCUUCAGUGAUGCGCGGCCUUCUGCAUUGGCAACUGGAGGACUGGUGACCAAAUUGGCAGUGCCGCUUGAUAUGGCGUUCUGCUACGCCGAUACGCAGGUGGUUGAGGAUAUCUCGGAACUAGAACCGCUGGAGCAGCCUAAACCGGCUGCUGAUCAUGGAGCUGGACCUCUGCCUGUGUCCGCGGCAGCCCCACAAGGGGAAGUGUCGAAGCAGCCAGGGAGGAAGCUGGAGAAGGUGUUGGCGGCAACGGUUCCGGAGCCAUCCUCACAAGCCAACAACAGCCAGAAUGAAAAUGGAAGCCGCCGUUCCUGCAGUUUCGCGGAAGAUGCCGCGCAAUCACAGGACUCUCAGGCGUCGCGAGUUUCAUGGGGGGGAAGUGAUGCAGAAGAGCCAGGCCGAUGUACAGAGGCCUUGCUGGAUCCUGCCAAAGGCGAAGUGAGUGACGUGAGCCAGCAAUCUCGUCACAGGAAAAGCUGA